AUGCCCGUCCAUGCCCAUGCCAUGUGGAAUUCUCUUUGCUUCUACAAGGCGUAUUUACCACCAGAGGACACCGUAAGGGCAACUGGCUACGUGGUAUUGGCUCUGGAGGAACCGGAAGAGGAGGUUUCGCCGGUACCGCGUGAGAACUCAAACGAGAGGGGCGUAUCGCCAUCGCUGUCGCAUUUGGAUUGGCCAGAUGAUGGCGCUUUAUUUCCAGGGGACCGAUUGACCGCCGGCGCAGCGACGAACAGCUCCCAGCUAAGCGAUUUACCACCAUCCCAUGAGAGGUCAGUGAUGGAUAGGGACACCAAACUUCAGUUUUUUCUUUUCCGAAAGGAAGACGUCUCGCCGCCGUAUAUGAAGGGGAUGCUCGGUAAAAUACGUCAUUGUUUUUUGCUCUGUUUGCAAGGCGAUCGUGGGAACCCAUGCCACUGCCACAGGGCACACCUUUUGAACGAAGAUGCCUGGCGUUUGAAGCUCAGUUCAUUUGAUUUUUCAACUCUGUGUGUGUCAUCCAACUUUUCGUUACGGUACAUAGACGUCACUCACGUCCGUCCGACCGCGGGGUUUUUGUUCACCUGUGGUCUGCUUCACGAGCGAAUCAUUGUCGCGGCGCAACCUAUUCUCUGCCGCUACAAUGACAAGUGCCGCUACGGUUCGCAGUGCCUUUUCGUUCAUGCUGACAUUGGUGGUGACAAUCUCACAAAAACGACAGCCGCCACCCCCCUGAGAAAUUUGUUGCCCCCACAGGAGGGUCUCGACACUUUUUUGGCUCAGUUGGAGGAGGUGGAGCUCCAAACUGUAGGGGAUGUGCAACGGCUGAGCACAAAGGCAUUUGACGCUUUUGUCGGCGGAUGUGAACCACAAUGGACCCCAUUAUGGCUAAACAUAUCUAUUUUCCGUGAAAUUCAACCCAAGGCAUCGCUGGAAAGUGUGCUAAUUUCUUUUCCUGGUGUUACUGCGCCGGUAGUUCUGCCGCCAAAUCUGACAAACGUACUUUCGUUGUUGGACAUGUCUCAGAAAGAUUUCUACAAACUGAAACUCACCAUCAAUGUACAGGCAGCGUGCGAAAAGAUACGGGCCCGCUUUUGGUCUAGCAGAGAUUACAGGACGUUAGACCUCAAAAGGGAAGGUGCGAAAUCCUUUUUCACGAACAUCACUUUAGAAAUUUUACAGUUUCGAUCAACAAUGGCGGACUGUAGUUGGCGCAAGAAGGAUCCAAUGCGGCAGGUGGUGACCUCGCUGAUGACGUACGUGGAUCACAAGAAGUGUCACUGCAAUGUCACUUGCGGGAGCCGAAGGCACUGGUCGAUGCAUAAGCCAGCACUAUCUUCCAACGGAAAUGGGAUGAGUAAUGCCACAUUUCCCGACCAUUCCUGGUGUACAUGUCCGCGUUCUACUGUGAUGGCUGUCAACUAUGAGCUCAGCACACCCAGCGGCUCUCGAUGCUCGGAGCAAAAUGCACUGGGUAAAUUGGCAUCCAUGGGCCUCCCCACAUGUGCUGUACGGGAAGUAUUUGUGCAUGGGGAACAUCAGGGAUCAAAAAAGGACCCUAAUCCGUUGUUUCCAUGCGGUGUCUGUGAGAAUAUGUUGCGGAAGGUUGCCCACGAUGUAUUGGAAAUUCAUGGUGGAGACGUUAUGUUGUACAUGUACGACUCCACUCACAACCCCAAGAGACUUGUUUAUCUUCCCAUAACCGAAAUUUCUUAUAGAGACGACAUGGGGUUUAGGGAGUUUGUGGCGGAUCUUCAUGAGUAG